AUGUUCGAUGUCCAUGAAUGGAAGUGUAGCAGUGAUGCCCGGUUAUAUAGGGAACUGGUCGAAAAAGAAAGAACCUAUGAGUUCUUACUCGGUCUCAUUGACAUGUUUGAUGAUGUGAGAGGAAGAAUUAUGGGUAUGAAACCGCUGCCAUCACUAUUUGAAACUUUCGACAUGGUUAGGUGUGAAGAAAGCAGAAAGCAACUUACCCUAAGUGUAUCUGCACUAUCUGAGAGUUUGGCGUUGACAAUACAGAGCAACAAUGGACCAGAACAGAGAGGAAAGAAGAACUCCAAAGGAUGGUGUGAUCAUUGCAACAAAAAUGGUCAUACUAGGGACAUAUGCUGGAAAUUACACGGCAAGCAAGCAAAUCUAAAACAAAAACGUAGACCGGAGAGUAGGGGGUAUGUUGCUACGACUAGCGAGAAUGAAGAGAAUGGGGAAACUCUUAGUCGAGAAGAGUUACAAGUGCUCAAACGAAUCCUGGAGAAACAUAACAACUCAACCACCAACCCUACAGCAAAUUUGGUAAAGUCAGGUAAUUCCAUUAUAGCUUUAAACGCCAUGGUAACCAGUGAUAACACUUGGAUUGUUGACUCCGGAGCUACAGAUCAUAUGACGGGAUUCGACAACGAGGAGGAGGAUUGGUAUUGCUAA